AUGUCUGAUCCCGUCAAUGCUGAACACAAGUUCCGUUAUGGCACCUCGACGAGGUCCAACAUAAACUCAACCCACUUCUCUGAGCCCGCCAAGGCACAAAAGACUCCACAGACCUUCAAUACAACGAACGGAUUUCAACCCAGUCUCAUCAAGGCUGACCUUGGUGCAAACAGCCUGCAAGUCGAAGCCACUCUGCACCGGCAAACUAGAGACUGGGUAUACAGCUGCCAUGGCUAUUCCAUUGGUGGAGACCACCAGCAGCAGAAAAGAGACUUGAUCCAUCAGCAACUCCGUGCUGCUGCCGCCCUGGAGCGAGAGCUUGCCAGGUUGGAGGCAGCUGAUGGGGAAGCGAAGAGUGACACUGCUGUUAAGAAUGAGACAAAUUGCCAAUCCGUGCAGGGUGUGGGGGCCUGGGCAGAUGAGAAGGACAAACAAUAUUGA